CAGACGAGCAUUCGCCUCGCCAUUCGCCGAGAAAGUUGGGAGAAAUGCACCACAGAGAAACAACAGAGCGAUUAGCGAUAACCCAAAAUUUGUGCAGCAAUUGGGCUAAUGAUAUUAACCUUAAUUACAACUUUGGUUUGGAGACAACAUUCCAGAUUCAGGUCCUUCAUUCACUGCCAAAAAAAUUUCUCCACCGCAUCUUUGGAUCAUGAAAACCUCAUUUCUUCACUGAAAUCAUGCAAUCAAACCUCAGAAGCCUCGCAAAUCCAUGCCCACAUGAUCAAGACUGGACUCGACGUCGUCCCCUUCACGGUGAGCAAACUUCUUGCCUCUGCUGCACUCCUCGACAUAGGCUAUGCCGCCUCAAUUUUCAAGCAGAUCCAGAAUCCCAAUCUCUUCAUGUUCAAUACAAUGCUGAGAGGUUACUCGAUUUGUGAACAUGCCCAACAAGCCCUUUUACUCUUCAAUUCCAUUAGGGCCCUGGGAAUUCCGCUAGAUCAGUUUUCCUUUAUCUCCAUUCUCAAAUCUUGUGCUCGCGAAUUAGCCCUUCAAAUGGGCCUAGGGAUUCAUGCAGUUGUUGUUCGGUGUGGGUACGAGUUCUUGAUCAACGUGAGGAACACACUCCUCCAUUUCUACUGUGAAUGCGGAAGGGCUAGAGAUGCCAAUCAGUUGUUCGAUGAAUUGCCUCAAGUAAGAGAUUGGGUCUCUUGGAACGUUUUGAUGGAUGGUUAUCUCCAUAUGUCUCAACCGACUGUAGUAAUGGAUUUAGUUGCGCAAAUGCAUAUUGCAGGUUUUCAGGUCAGCACCACGACGGUCUUGAGUGGUUUGUCUGCCUGUGGUGAAGCAAGAGAUCUCGGAGGAGGAGAAUCUCUCCAUGGUGUUUGCAUCAAGUGUGGAUUUUGUGCUGAUAAAAAAGUGGUAGCUGCUACCAUAACCAUGUACUCAAAAAGUGGAAGCAUGGAUUCUGCGUGGCAGACAUUUCAAGGGCUCAGAGAGAAGGAUAUUGUUUUAUGGAAUUGCAUCAUAGACGGGUACGCUAAAAAUGGCUUUCAAGAAGAAUCCUUUGCUUUGCUACGCCUGAUGAAACUUGAUCGAGUGAAACCUAAUUCGGCCACACUGGCUGGUUUGCUGGGGGCUUGUGCCUCUAAGGGAGCUUUUACCAUGGGUCAAUCCAUCUAUGAAUAUAUACAAGAAGAAAGACUGGAGUUGGAUGCUGUUCUUGGUACAGCUCUUAUAGAUAUGUUCUCAAAAUGUGGGUUAUUAGAGAGAUCUGUUGAUAUUUUUCGGAGGAUGAAGAGUAAAGAUGUGAAAACUUGGACAGCCAUGAUUGCAGGUUAUGGUUUUCAUGGCCAGGGUGAAAACGCCAUUCGGCUCUUCAUUGAGAUGGAGCAGGAGGAAGUAAGGCCUACUGAUGUCACCUUCCUGACUUUGUUAUGCUCUUGCAGCCAUGGAGGCCUGGUGGCUGAGGGGAAGGACUUAUUUGAGAGGAUGGUUCAAACAUAUGGGUUGUCUCCAAAGAUUGAACAUUAUGGGUGUAUGAUAGAUCUCUUGGGUCGUGCUGGGUUGCUGGGGGAAGCUUUCAAACUGAUCAAGUGCUUGCCUGUUGAGAGGGAUGCUACAGCUUGGCGUGCAUUACUUGCAGCGUGCCGAAUCCAUGGUAAUGUUGAACUGGGGGAAACUGUGAAGAGAGAAUUGAUCAAGCUUAAUGAUGAACACCCUACCGAUUCAAUUCUUCUGUUGAGCACUUAUGCCAUGGCAGGGAGGUGGUCUGAUGUUGGAAGAAUGGGAUUUGAUGAACCAAAGGUGAUUCCAAAAGAAAUAGGACGCAGUUCAAUUGAGGUGGUGGAUAUUUUCGGUCUGAGCUAGAGAGAAUUGUUGACCUCAUAUCAUUUGGAGCUUUACCAACGUUACUCAUGCCUCCUACAAAAAUAUUUGGGUAGGUGAUGCGUGAAGGGCAGGAAUGCAAGUCCUUAACCUUAGGCACAACUAGAGGUGACCACCACCCUGCAGCACACAGCUUCUGGGUACCCAUGAAUCCAUGAUUAAAGCAACACAAGGAAUGCCAGUAGAUAUGUUUGGUUUCUUACGGGCUGUAGAAGGAUCAAAGGGUCCAGGCCUCACCAACUCUUCCUGCUGCUUCGUCCUGUGUAAAGCUCAUUGAAUUAUUUAGUUUUAAGUCGGGUUUUGGAGCUUCUUCUUUCCUUCCCCUAUAGUCGUUGUUGUAAGUAGUCACCUUUCUUGUCCUAUAGAAAUUCAAAUCAAUGAGAAACUUCCAUUUGAUGGAAUAUCCAUUA